UGGAGCUGCGAUUCUAUUUGAUUUGUUGCCCGAGGCAUCGUGCGAAAGCUGCUUUAGAAUUAAAUGAUAAAUUAAAUAAUAGCUCGCAGAGUUAAUCGCACUGAAAACAGCAGACAAUUUUGUGGGCAUUUAAUGAAUUAAUUAGCUUGAAUCCCUUUUGGCAUAAGUUAGACCAGUAAAUUGGCAAAGUUUGCAUUGCGCAUUGUGUAAAAACUUGGGGCUACACCACAAGCACAACUAUCAAAAUUGAUUGCUUUCACAUGGAUAGCAAUUCGGUGAGUCCCCUGCCUCCCAUGGCCGUGAUGGAAAGUGAGAAAACGCCCCCCGGAACGCCCAAUGGCGAUAUGCCGCCUCCGCCGGAUGAGAAACGCUAUGAGGAGGAUCCGGAUAAUGCAUGGAACGCCUGCUCCUGGUGCGAAUACAUGCUGAUCGUGAUACUAUCGACCAUACUGCUGGUGGGCGUGCUCAUCCUCACACUCUUCUGGGUGAUGUUCUAUCGCAAUGGCUUCGCCUGGACAGACAAACCUCUGCAGCAGUUCAAUCUGCAUCCCAUACUCAUGAUAGCGGGCUUUGUAACGCUCUCCGGAUUUUCUAUCUUGAUUUAUCGACUGUGCCGUUGCAUGAAGCACAUCUAUGUGAAGCUGAUUCACAUGUUCUUCCAUGCCAUUGCGAUACCCUGCAUUGCCCUCGGCUUCCUCUCCGUCUUUGACUCGCACAAUGCAUUGCAAAAGGUGAAUUUCUACAGUCUGCACUCGUGGCUGGGUUUCGUGACAAUGGGCAUGUUUGUGCUUCAAUUUGUAAUUGGUUUCUUCAGCUUUCUGGUGAUGCUCUGCUGUGAGAACAAGACCUAUAGCUGCCGCUCGGCCAUGGUGCCCAUCCAUGCCAGCUUCGGUUUGGCCAAUUUCUGGCUGGCCAUUGCCACAUCCGUCACGGGUAUCAUUGAGAAGGAACGCGAGACCGCCGAAGAUCCAAACUUGAGUGCGGAGAACAGACUCAUUGAGCAUUAUAUUACGAGUGCGAUAGGCAUCACAUUGGUUGUCAUUGGCAUCAUAGUCACCUUUGCCGUGCGAAGGACCAACGCUCCUGCCUCCGCCAAGGUCUAUGUCACCGAGCGCAUUUAGAUGUUGGGAUUGAAUGCCAUGCCACGCCCACGACGACUACGCCCACAUACCACAGCCAGUGUUAUGCAGAAUAGGCUUCUAUUUUAUAUGUUCCACUUCUCGAAGCAUAUAAAUGUAGCUGUGCAAUUAAAAAUUUGAUACAUAAAAUCAUUGUUGUGUUAGCACAAAUGAAACACA